ACCAUCAUGUGUGCUGAUGCUGAAGCAUGCAUGUGCGUGUGAGUCUGCGUCCCUUUCCUCCUCCUCCUCCUCCUCCUCCUCCUCCUCCUCCUCUCAUCGCCGGCAUCCUGCGCCCCGCAUCCCUCUGCGACUGGAGGACUCGUCACUGCAGCCAGAGCAGCUUCAGCAUCACUCCAUCAUCACGUCCCCGCAGCAUCAUCAGAAGCAUCCAUUCCUCACAAGCAUCCCUCCAAGCUGCACACACCCCCUUUCUCUCUCUUAGAUUUCUCUCCUCCAGCAUCCGUGUGACAGAGUACAGCAGCCAGACAGUCACAUCCAGGGUUAGUUUACCCUUCUGCAUCCCUUUCCUCCGUUGUGCUCGGCUGAUUCUCUCUCAUCAUCCGCUCUCCGAAGCUCUGUUCAGGAAAAAUCAGGCAAGCUGUCUCUUCUUCCCACACAAGCGUCUCUUUGCUGGACAGCUGGUCUUCCACUGUCCCUGUGGAGGAUGAUCCUGUGGAUGAAGACGGAGGAGAUGGCGCUGGGGGAGCUGCUGGAGAGGCUAAGGACAGUCACCAGAAGCAUAGAUGAGAUCAUGCAGUUGGACAGCAGUCCCCUCCGUGCGGCAGACAUCACCCCCGACCUCAAGAGGCAGUUUGCCUUCCUAUCAGGAGGUAGAGGGGAUAACGGCAGCCCCAUCAUAGUGUUCCCAGAGUUUCCUGCGUUUGGAGAGAUCACAGACAGAGAGUUUCACAACGUGCUGACAUACCUGACCAGUGUACCAAGUUUGUCUUCUACAGGCGUGGGUUUCAUCCUGGUUAUUGACCGCAGGCAAGACCGAUGGGCUGCUGUCAAAGGGACCCUGCUUCGCAUCGCGGGCUCCUUCCCAGGGAACCUCCAGCUGGUUCUGGUUCUGAGGCCCACCACUCUCCUACAACGCACGCUCUCUGACAUACUCUUCAAGUUCAACAAGGAUGAGUUCAAGAUGAAAGUGCCGGUGAUCAUGCUGAGCUCAGUAACGGAGCUGCACACAUACAUCGACCGCACUCAGCUGACCCAUGAGCUCGGGGGAACUCAAGAGUACUGUCACGAGAAGUGGAUCUCUCACCGCACUGCUAUUGAGGGCUUUGCAUUGAUGGUGAAAAAAACAGCGCAGACUUUGCAGUCUUUUGGGACUGAGCUGGCUGAAACCGAACUCCCCAAUGAAAUCCAGGCCACAACCCUCUUACUGAGCACACACAGGAGCAAGAAAGACAAAAUGAAGGAGGAUAUGAUGGUGGCUCUGGGUCAAGGUAGCAGGUUGCUAGAGAGCAUCAAUGAGCCUGUAGUCAGAGACCCGGACCACAACAUGAACCAGGACGAGCUUGAGAACCUGGCCACAGUGCAAAGGCUGCUGUCACAGCUGGACGAGACAGAACGGGCUUUCGAUGAGUUCUGGGUGAGACAUCAGACCAAAUUGGAGCAGUGUCUCCAGCUGCGUCACUUUGAGCACAACUACAGAGAGGUGAGAGCUCUGCUGGAUCAGGUGUCAGAGAAACUCAAGACCUUCUCUGAGGUGGGAAUCAGCCCGGCUCACGCUGACCACAUCUUUAGUGAACUCAGCGCCUACGAGGAGAGAGUGUGUGAGGUGCUGGACAGAGCUGUGUCUUUGGCCGACGAGGGUGAAGUACUCAUCAAGAACUCACAUUACGCUGAGGACUCCAUUCAGCCCAAAUGCAGCGAGCUCAGAACAGUCAGCGAGACUGUGAGCAGCAACCUGCGAGCCAAGAAGGAGCACCUCCUUAAAGCCAUGGAGCUGCACCAGCGUCUAGAGAGGGCUUCUAAAUGGGUUGACGAUGGUAUUUACCUACUGGCAUCUCAGCCUGUGGACAAGUGUCAAUCACAUGAGGGGGCGGAGCUAGCUCUGCAGGAGCUGGAGCGUUACCUGGACAACGCAGGCCAGAACCAACUGUCGGAACUCAGCACCAUCUGGAGCGAAUAUAAGGCGGUCAUCAACCAGCAGUUUAGGGAGCAAGUGGAGAAGGUUUUCCAGAAGCAGACGUCCAUGCAGGAGAUGUUUGAUAAAAGGAGAAUCAGCCUGAAGAAACUCGCAGCCAAACAGACCAGGCCGGUUCAGCCUGUAGCCCCCAGACCUGAAGCCUUCAUCAAAUCCCCUCUCAGCUCGCCCGCACAUAGAGCUCAGCAGGAAAAAAACAACUCUGAGAUAGACUCCGGGAACAACUGUGAAAAAGGAAAUAACCCUCUGCAGAAUGGAGACAGUAACAGCAGACAUGCCUCUCAGUCAGAGGAGGAGGAGAACCUGGCUGUGCUAAGAAGACACGUUAUGAACGAGCUGCUAGAAACAGAGAGGGCCUACGUGGAGGAGCUGCUUUGUGUAUUACAGGGAUACGCCUCUGAGAUGGAUAAUCCAGCGAUGGUUCCCCUCAUGCCUGCUCCUCUGCAGAACAAAAAGGAGGUUCUGUUUGGAAACAUGCCAGAAAUCUACCACUUCCACAAGAGGACCUUUCUGAGAGAGUUGGAGCAGUACACAGACUGCCCUGAGCUGGUUGGACAUUGUUUUCUUGAGAGGAUGACAGACCUGCAGAUCUAUGAGAAGUACUGCCACAACAAGCCUCGCUCUGAAAGCCUCUGGAGGCAGUGCUCAGACUGCGCCUUCUUCCAGGAGUGUCAGAAAAAGCUGGAGCAUAAACUGGGCUUAGACUCCUAUCUGCUGAAGCCUGUUCAGAGGAUUACCAAAUAUCAGUUGCUAUUGAAGGAAAUGCUGAAGUACAGUAAAGGCUGUGAGGGGGCCGAUGAUCUGCAAGAGGCACUCACCUCCAUCUUAGGCAUCCUCAAGGCAGUUAAUGAUUCCAUGCACCUUAUCGCCAUCACAGGAUAUGAGGGUAAUCUGAGUGAGCUGGGAAAACUGUUAAUGCAAGGAUCAUUUAGCGUUUGGACGGAGCACAAGAAAGGUCACGCCAAAGUGAAGGAUCUGGCUCGUUUCAAGCCCAUGCAGAGACACAUCUUCCUCCAUGAGAAGGCCCUGCUCUUCUGCAAGAGGAGGGAGGAGAACGGGGAGGGUUAUGAGAAAGCUCCCUCGUACAGCUUCAAGCAAACUCUGAGUAUGAGUGCUGUUGGUAUUACUGAGAAUGCAAAGGGAGACAACAAGAAGUUUGAAAUCUGGUGCAACUCCAGAGAAGAGGUCUAUAUUGUUCAGGCGCCAUCAGCUGAAGUAAAAACCACGUGGGUGAAUGAGAUCAGGAAGGUUCUGACAACGCAACUGGAAGCAUGCAGAGCCAGCCAGCAGAGAGCGCCAGACCAAGUUUUCCAGUUCCCUCCUGUGCCCAGUGGAGCAGUUAGCCUCAGUCCCUUUAAGUCCGGUCAGAGGAGCUUUAAGAGAGGAGAGGAGAAGAAAACUGAGCCCUGCAGCCCUGAUGCUAACUCCUCUUCUUCACCAAAGCCUACAGGAAAAGGAUCUCCCACAAGCCCUGAUCACAAGACAAAACGCCAGAGUGACCCCACACCAUUCGGCUUCAAAGGCUGGAACAAAACCUCCCUGUCUCUGGAUGCAUCAGAGGAGCAUGAAGGCUACUCCAGUGCUGACGACCCCCUGAACUCUGACCCAGAGGACGACAAUGGAAAGAAGCUGUGCGCUGGCAAAUACACAGUGAUGGCCGACUAUGAGAAGGAUGAUGCUCAGGAUUUCUCAGUAAAGAGCGGGGAGAUGGUGCAGGUGGUGAAAGAAGGAGAUGACCAACAGUGGCUUGUACGUAAUCUGAGCACUUCCAAGGAAGGCUGGAUUGCAGCUGCUAAUCUUAUCACUCUUAUUGGAAAAUCUAAAUCUUGCCAGUCUCUCACCAGCUCAGAAGGCAGUGGCUCGGGAAACCUCAGCACAUCAUCCAGCUGCAGCGAGACGUACACCAGCUUCUCUGACAUAAAACCCUGAACCCCCCAGCACUUCAUCCAUCACCAAACUCUCCAUGCAGAAGCUAGCAUCAUGUGGCUGUCUAUGCUGUAUUGCCAAUAUUGGUUCUCAUAGGGAUUUCACCAGGACCUUCACAGAAAAGCUGUAUUUUUUCAACUUUUAAAAUUGCACACAUGCACCAGUUAUGAAAGUAAUAUGUCCAAUCUGUACUCUCAUUAUACUGGAAGAUACUGGAUAGAAAAAUAUUCACCACAGAUAAUAACUUAACAAUCUAGUACAGUGUUGUUUUUUUCUUUAGUCACACACUUGUCUGUAUAUUUUUUAUGAAAAACAGAGAAUCCUUGUAAUUAUAUUAAAAUAGAUGUAUGAAUGGGCCAGCAGGACUGAUCUCAGUUAAUGCAUCUAUUUGUGCUAACAUUAGAAUUGGCAAAAGUGUGAUGACCAUCCUUUUUUUGUUUUUCUGCACUACACCCCGGAGUUUAUAAUUCCACUUUUACUGUACUGAAGACAAGGGACAUGAUAAAUACGCACAGCUUGAUUAGCUUGAAUGAAUGUUUUCUGAGCGUCUAUUCACCCUCUGUGUUCUGUUUUUGUCCUUUUAUAUGUGUUUAUUUAUUUGUAUGAAACUUUUAAUUUGCUUCUUGUCCGUGUUUUGUUUCCUGUCUGGCAUCUGUUCAUCUGUUGUUAUUCAGAUGUUAGAAACCUGUUCUGCCACCAGCUGCCCAGAUCUGUGCACGAGCUUUUGUCCUUUGAGCUGUCUGUAUGAUUCUGUGGGUUUCCAUGUAUGCUACAGUAUCAAUAUGUUUUUUCAUGUGAAUAAUCACUGUAUAGCUCUAACUUAUUCCCCAGUGAGGGAUCAUGUUCUGAAUGUAGAUAUUGUUCAGUAAUAUCUGUCAUUAAAUGUUUGUUAUUUGAGAUGCUAUAUUGUACAUCAAGUAUGGUGAUGUCACUAAUUUGUGACUUGUCUAAUUUUUUUUACAUAAAUGACUUGUGAUAACUCAGUCUUUUAUUUUGUCUGGUGUUUGUCAACAAAUAAAGGCUAAACACUGAAUGCA